CGCUGCGUGCACUUGUGCUACGCCGCUACGUAAGCGUAACGCGCCUACUAUCGCUACGGUAAUGCAAACAUUAUUCAGUGGUUAAUGACACUUAUCUACGUAAUAGUGCAAUCUUUGUGAACUGUUUUUUUAAGUUGUUGUCUUGGAUUUGUUGAUAAAAGUGAGAGAUUUCCGUGGUCACUUGAAGGAGAAUGAUGCUUUGCUCUAUAAUACAAUACUUAGAAUAGACUACUAUAGAUCUAGUUUAGAGUGUGAAACGGCAUAAAAUAUUGUAGUGUUAAAAAUGAUGAUGGUUCUAAGGAAGGCACGUGGCUGCCGUCACAGGACACUCGUGACUUGAUGUGGCUGCGGUUUACGGACUAGGAAGCAUGGCUUCUCAACUUGCCACGAUAUUAUUGUGGCUUGGUGGAAGUGCCUUCGGUCUUCGAGACAUUCAACUCAAUGUACCAGAGGCGGUAGGGGUGGGUGCCAGCGCAACCCUCGGCUGCCGAUGGGCGCUGGAUACCGGCGAGACAUUAUACACAGUGAAAUGGUACCAUGGAGCACAGGAAUUUUUCCGAUUCGUGCCGAAAGAAUUGCCAAACACCCGUGUUUUUUCACAAACAGGCAUCAGCGUUGAUGUGUCACGCUCAGGCGCUCAGCAAGUUGUAUUGCGCGGCGCAUCAAAAAGCCUCAGCGGACGGUACCGAUGCGAGGUGUCAGCCGAUGCACCGUUUUUCCACACAGUGUAUAAAAGUGCUUACAUGCGUGUCGUAGAAUUACCAGACGCAAUGCCUUUAGUGCACUCACAGAAGAGUUGGUACACUGUAGGCGACAUGCUUCGAGCUAACUGCACGUCACCCCCUGCAGAGCCACAAGCAAACAUCACAUGGCUUCUCAAUGGAUAUGAGGUAAAAGGCCUCGAUAUUCCGCCCCCAGACAUGGCUUUUUCUCGAAGAGAGCCUGUCAUAAGCGAUGCAUCACUAGAAGAUGCGAAUAGAAUUAUAUUCAGUCCAUGGGACGCAAUAUCUGGCUACGAAGAGUCUGCAACAGACGUCAUAGACAUCCCGGGCGACAUUGAAGAUUCAGUUGCUUCAAACUCGCACAAGAAGUUCGAGAGUACGACGCGAAUAACGCCUCGACUAGAACAAAUUUCAAGCAAAAAUAUUAGCAUUGAAGAAGAUAAAUCUAAUAAGUCUUCCUCCUUCAGUCAACUCGUUAUACGAGUACAGACUUCGCAUUUUCACAAGGGUCGGAUGAAUGUCACGUGCGUGGCGCGCAUAUUGUCAGUGUGGUCAGCGAGCACCGCACUUUUGCUAGACGAGGAGCGGCCUCAAAUAGCUCCCGUCAUGGGUAGUCGGGACACGAAUUCUGGUCCACGCUGUUCCACAUCACACGUCUUGGCGCUUUUAAACUAUUUACUGUUUAAGCACUGGGCAAUACGAUGAUGGACGGCAGGCGGAUAUGAAUAAGAAACAAAAUAUUUUCUCAAAUAAUGUCAGUGUUAGACUACUUAAUACGCCCAUAUUUAUAGUCGAGUAUUUGUAUAUAAUAUUCUUAUUGUUCUAGAAAAUACAUAAUUUCAUGUACGUUUGUAUAAUCGUGAAAUCUUCAAUACUGGAUUUCUUCAAUGCACUGUCGCAUUUCGUAAAUAUUAAUGUUUCGAUGGAAUAAUCCC